AUGCAGCUCAUGGACUUAGAAGAUAAUUGCAAAGAGGAUGAAAUUCAAACAAACUCACGUCGAAAGUUGGAUUUUGAAAAUGGAACUGACAUGAACACUUGUGUGGAAGAUGAAAGUCUGGAAGAAAAGGUGACAGAAUUGAGACAUGUUGAAGGUAAUGAAAAAGUAGAUUAUGUUCAUUCCAAAAUUAGGAAAGAGUUGAUUCCAAUAAUUGUAAUGGAGUUUGACACAGAAAAUGAUGCAUGUAGUUUUUACAAUGCAUAUGCAUAUGGUGUUGGAUUUUCUGUUAGAAGAUUUAAAUUUCAUAAAGACAAAAGUGGCAAGUUUCUUGAUAGGUUUUUUGUUUGCUCAGCUGAAGGCAAGCGUGAUAGUGAAAAAGAUCAACAAUCUCUUAAUGUCAAAGCUCAUCGUGCUGAGACACGAUUUGGUUGUUUAGCAAGGAUGAAAAUUAAGAUUUGGAAGGCUAGUGGCAGAUAUCAUGUUAUUGAAUUUGUUUCUGAGCAUAAUGGCCAUGAGACUUCAAGUCCUUCUAAGAGCUAUUUUUUUAGGUCUCAUAGGAGUGUAAAUACUGCACAAAUAGCUUAG